AUGUCGACGGCCCGCGUCUACGCAGACGUGAACGUGCGCCGGCCCAGGGACUACUGGGACUACGAGGCCCUCUCCGUUCAAUGGGGUGAGCAGGAUGAUUAUGAGGUCGUGCGGAAAGUUGGCAGAGGGAAAUACAGUGAAGUCUUUGAAGGGAUUAAUGUAACAAACGAUGAGCGAUGCGUCAUUAAAAUCCUCAAGCCUGUUAAGAAAAAGAAGAUAAAGAGGGAAAUAAAAAUUCUCCAGAACCUUUGUGGUGGUCCAAAUAUUAUUAAGCUUCUUAAUGUCGUCAGAGACCAGCAAUCAAAAAUUCCAAGUUUGGUAUUUGAAUAUGUAAACAGCACAGAUUUCAAAGUCCUCUAUCCAACAUUUACAGACUAUGAUAUCCGGUUCUAUAUUUAUGAACUUCUUAAGGCAUUGGAUUACUGUCAUUCCCAAGGAAUUAUGCAUCGUGAUGUCAAGCCUCACAAUGUUAUGAUUGACCACGAGCUUCGCAAGCUUCGCUUGAUUGAUUGGGGACUUGCUGAGUUUUACUUUCCUGAGAAGGAGUACAAUGUUCGUGUUGCUUCGAGGUAUUUUAAGGGGCCUGAAUUGCUUGUUGAUUUCCAAGGGUAUGACUACUCUUUGGAUAUGUGGAGCCUUGGCUGUAUGUUUGCUGGAAUGAUAUUCCGCAAGGAACCAUUCUUCUAUGGUCACGACAACCACGACCAGCUUUUCAAAAUAGCCAAGGUUCUAGGUACAGAUGAACUUAAUGCUUAUUUGGUAAAAUACAGAAUUGUGCUUGAUCCUCAGCUAGAGGCACUGAUUGGGAGGCAUAACAGGAAACCUUGGUCUAAGUUUGUGAAUGCUGAAAAUAGGCAUCUCGUGUCCGAAGAGGCCAUCGACUUUCUUGAUAAACUUCUUCGCUUUGACCAUCAAGAUAGGCUUACAGCCGAAGAAGCCAUGGCGCAUGAGUACUUUCAUCAGGUGAGGGCAGCAGAAAACAGCAGGGGGAGAACGUAG